AUGGCCAAUGCAGAAGUCAUGGCUGAAUCCAGAGAACGCAACGAUAUUCCCACCCCUGGCACAGCGAACAGCCUGUUCUCGAAGUUUGGGCGCUCCCCUUCCCGCAAACACAAGCCACGGCCCUCCUCCGAAUCGAUCGAUCCAACUGGUGUGGCUACACUUAGAGCUUCUAAGUCCAGAGCGCGCCCGCCCGUUCAGCGGGGGAUCACUGCCCCUGACGGACCGACAUCUUUAAACGCCAUCGCACAAAGCGAGGUGGCAGCCAGAAAAACGAGCGAUGGUGCCCUUGCGAACUUUCAAUCAACCGAUCCACAACCAUCUACGGCCAUGUAUGGAGUGCCGGCGCUCAGUGCGAGCGAUCUAGGGCAGAAGCCGCAAUACAAAUACGUGCAGAGUGAUAUACCAAAGGUCCCCCCGAUUAAUGGUUCCGCUGUCUACAACCCAGUGAUAUCGGUAUCGACGAAUCCCAAUACGAUGUAUCAGCACAUCCAUGACAUGUCAAGCAAGAGGAUGGCUACACUGGAUUACAUGCGCAAAGCACACGAAGGCCGGACGUUCUGGUUCAACACGAUCAAGUUCUCACAGACGGACAUCAGCAAACUUCCUUCUUACACACCGAAUCGUCUCGUGCGACGAGCCACGAAUUACAUGAUCUUGGGCAUGUCUAUUCCGGCUGUGAUCGAUGUCCACCCAGCCCCUCACCCCUCUCACACCGCGGGACAGCACGGGGCGAUCGCCCAAGAGUAUCUCAAAAGUCUCAAUGCCCUCCUAAUGGAGUUCGACGCCUACACACAGCACCACCCGACGGAUGGCAGUGCAGCCAGCUCUCUGAGUCGAGCACGGCUACCACAAAUGUUCAAAAGGUCGACAACCAGGCCACGAAAAUCGAGCGGUGCGAUUGGGCCGGAAUUGACGCAGACGAUAUCAGCACCUGCGAUGCCUGAGCCUGGAUCCGGUCAUGCGCAUCAGAGCUCGAUAGACGGUGGAUACAGUACAUCCGGUUUCUCAUUGUCUUCAACACAGCUGCCUCUAUCCAGUGCAACGGCGCCAGGUGCCGCGAGCUUCCCAACGACGUCAGCCUUUCCCCUACCAGGCCCGCAUGAUGGGCCCAACUCGACUUUAGCAUCGAAUGAAGGCCCUUAUACACAUCUCAUCACGCCUCCACUGCCUUUCGCGCCGGACUUUUACACGGUCUUUGCGACUCUCUGCGAGGUUUUGAUCGAUGUUUACCAACGUCUGCUCCAACUCCUUGGAGCACCUGAUACAUGCACGCCUGCUCUGAGUGAGAUGUUUACAAAGGUGGAUGCCCGUAUACGCAAGGUGAUGGUCGGGGGUAUCUUGAAGGAAUUUGAGACCGCGUCGCGUGACAAUGCCAAGAAGGAGCUAAUGAGUGUACAAAAGGUGGUGCUCGGAGGUCUUAUGGCGUGA